CAAAAAGUAGCUUAAUGAUAGUCACAUAUGAGUGUUUUGCUUCUCACGACUGUUUGUGAUUUCAUUAUAGCACUGAUUUCUUUGUAAACCAUAUUAUAAGCUUUACUAUUGCUUUGAUGACCUGUACCAAUAUCAGUGUUUUGUAACGUAAGGCUGUCCCACGUGUCGCCUAACUGACACAUGCAGUGGAAGAUUCCCCGUCCAUUAGCUAACGUUAGCCACCAUAGCUAGCGGUGCAGUUUUUAGUCAUCAGUGACAGUGAUACUGGUCGACACAAAACUUCGGGGCAGCGUAGUCUCACCUUCCUGUCACCAGUCAUUAUGAGCGAAUAUUUCUGUCUUUCAGACUGUGAUGUAAUUGGUUUCGAUUUGGACCAUACCCUAUGUCGGUACCAUUUGAAGGAGACCUCUAGGCUUAUCUAUGAAAGCUUUGCCAGGUAUUUGGUGGAACAUAAAGGAUAUGACCAAGAUCUUUUGACCCUCAGUCCCGCCACCUGGGAUUUUUGUUUCAAAGGUUUAGUGUUGGACCUCGAAGAUGGAAACCUUGUAAAAUUGGCUGCAGAUGGAACUGUUUUGAGGGCAACCCAUGGGACACAUGACCUUAGCACAGAAGACUUACUGAAGCACUAUGGUUCAAAGAGGGAAUGGAAGCAUUUCAAUAGCCUUAAUACCUCGUACACACGAUCUGCAAAAUACUAUUUCUAUGACAACUACUUUGACCUCCCUGGAGCACUACUCUGUGCAAGAGUCGUGGAUAUGUUGCACAAGCGUGGUAAUGAGGUGACAUCUGACUUUUGGAAAGACAUGAUUGCCGCUAUUGAUCACAAUUACAACACAUCAGCAUUUAAAGAGGAUGCUGGGACGUACUUCCCCUGUGUGAAGCAGAACCCGGGCCGCUACCUGCAGCCCUGCUCGGACUCGGUCAAGGCCUGGCUGCGUCGGAUGAAGGACGCGGGCAAGGUGCUGCUCCUCAUCACCAGCUCCCACAGCGACUACUGCAGACUGGUGUGUGAGCACAUCCUGGGGAAAGACUUUGAGGAGCUGUUUGAUGUCAUUAUCACCAAUGCCUUGAAGCCUGGCUUCUUCUCACUGGUGCCCCAUCAGAGGCCUUUCCGAACACUGGUGAACGAUAUGGAGGACAGUGAGGGUCUGCCAUCGCUGGACAAGCCAGGCUGGUACUCACAGGGCAACUGGCCACAUCUCCAUGAGCUGGUGAAGACCAUGACAGGAAAGCAGGAUCCUAAGGUGGUGUAUUUUGGAGACAGCAUGCGCUCGGACAUGUUCCCCGCCAGCAGCUACGGGAAGUGGGAGACGGUGAUGAUCGUGGAGGAGAUGGAGGGCGAGGGAGUCCCGGGCAGCAGCACGGCCAAGAGCAGCGAGGCCCCCGCGGAGCCCCUGGAGAAGAAGGGGAAGUAUGAGGAUCAAGGCAUGAAGACUCCCUCGGCUUCGUCUGAGCAGUGGGGCUCCUACUUUACGGACGUGCCCAAGAGCGCCGAUGGGGAAGAGGAGGCGCUCAAACUCACCUGGUGCACUCACAGCAUCCACACAUACAGCACCGUGGCCAUCCCCAGUGUAGAAGCCAUCGCAGAUCUUCCUCUGGACUACAAAUUCCCACGGUUCUCUCCAGACAAGCCCAGCACUACAGGAUACUACCCCCGGCCCCCCGACUCCCUGCUGAAGUGGUCCCAGAGCCACCCAUGAGUGUCCAUCUCCACCCACUGAGUCCCGGGGUCUCUCCAGGCCCCUGGCUGCCCCAUGCGCAGCAUCCCCAUCUCUCGAGCGCAUAGAUAGAUCACCAUGUGAAGGUGCUGCCCCAGUGCAGCACAUCAGCAUCUCCGUGUUAAGUCUGUUUAGACAUUGUCUGUCAUUCGAAUUGAAAACAUGUAACCUGUUGAUGUUGGAGUGUGUCCGUCAAACCGUCAAGUUACUUUACCUCCUGUUUUGAAAGGACUUGAAAACUUAAAUGGCUUUCCAAAUCUGUCUAAGACCUAAUUCUCCAUACUUAGCCAUUGAUUUCUGCAACACUAUGCAUUGGUUGGUGCAUUUAAAUUGACCACCGUCCAUUUUACUUAAUAAGCAUAUAACUCAGGGGGGCCAUCAUUCCAAACCUGGCUAUAAUGGGAAAUAUUCAUUUCUGAUCAUUGUAAGCUUGCAUUUUCUUUUUAGGACUGCCAUGUGUUCUCUGCUUAACAGUUGAAAGUAUUCUGUUUGUUGAAAGUACCCCAUGAUGUCUUAAUAAAUAAUAAAAGACUGAUUGUACUGAUUGUGUCAAAUCUUGCACAGUAUAUUCUGUGGAUAUUUGUUUGCCUUGGAGUUACGUUGUUGUAUGCAAUGCUCCAUUCAAUUAUUGAUCAUUUUCCUCCGUGUGCCAUAAUGGGAAAUAGUACUAACUACACAAAUAUGUCAUACCAUGCUGUGUCAUUCAUACAUCUUGAAGUGAACUUAAAAUGAGUUUCACGUGGAAAAAAAGUGUAAAAGCUUGUCUAUGUACUCUAUUGUUCUAGUGUAAUGUCCUGCUCAGUGAUCUACUGUACUGUAUAUGUGUGGGAUACAUAUGUGCCAUAUUGUAUGCAGAAGCAAUGUCAGCCAUGCUUAAACUGACCACUGAAUGAAUUGAAUGUUUUUCAUUGUUAGUUUGAAUGAAAGCUGGCUGUAGGUUGUGUUGUAACUAUUUGUGUUGGAUCAAACAGUACUUAAAGCACAGUUAAAGCCAAAAUGAGGUGAGCUCAUUUGUCCAAAUGUUUUCUAUUUUGUAUGUAUCGAGUUGAUUAGCCUUUAGUUACAGUUGGUUAAUGGUGUUAUCUUGCUCUUACAGUUUAAAGAAACCCUAUUUGGCCUUGUGCUGUCCUCAUCCAUAGUUUGUACUCUGUAAAAUUCAGGAGCAGUGUCAUUCACCUCAUCUGUGGAAUAAAGACAUGCAUACACCGA